ACUCUUCCGCUUCUAGUCCAAAAUGGCGGAAACCGGUGCAGGGUCACAGACAGAGACAGGAGAUGAUGUUUCUUUGAGUUUUACACAAUCUCCGGAUCUCAGAAGCGUCCUGGUGACAAGCGUUCUGAAUUUAGAGAAGCUUGACAUCGACCUUUACAGAGGGAAGCAUCACUGGGUUCCUCGGACUCGACGCCUGUUUGGUGGUCAGAUUGUGGGUCAGGCUCUGGUGGCUGCUGCCAAAUCUGUCAGUGAUGAUCUCUAUGCUCAUUCUCUACACUGUUACUUCGUAAGAGCAGGAGACCCUAAGGUUCCGGUGCUUUACCAAGUGGAACGGAUUCGAGACGGUCGCAGUUUCUGUGUGCGAUCAGUGAAAGCCAUCCAGCACGGUCAGCCCAUACUGAUAUGUCAGGCGUCCUUUCACAAGCUGCAGCCCAGUCCGUUAGAGCAUCAGUUCACCAUGCCCAGCGUCCCCCCACCUGAUGCCCUGCUCACAGUGGAGGAACUCAUCCAGCAGUACCUCAGUGACCCGAAUGUAGCUGAUAACACUAAACAGGGGCUGAAUAAAAUCCUUGCAGAUGAGGUUCCCAUUGAGGUAAAGCCAGUGAAUCCACCUGACACUUACACACGUGUCCCGAUGGAGCCAAAAAAACUGUUCUGGGUACGAUCGAAAGGACAUAUAGGAGAGGCUGACAUGAAACUGCACUGCUGUGUUGCUGCAUAUGUGUCUGACUACUCAUUCCUCGGCACCACGAUGAUGCCGUACCCCCAAUACAGAACCCAGUUCUUAGCCUCUCUGGAUCACACCAUGUGGUUCCACAACAAAUUCAGAGCAGAUCAGUGGAUGCUGUAUGAAUGUGAAAGUCCAUGGGCAGGAGGCAGCAGAGGCUUGGUGCAAGGCCGCUUGUGGAGACAAGAUGGUGUUCUGGCAGCUUCCUGUGCACAAGAGGGAGUGUUACGAGUGAAAGAUAUGACUCAGAGUAAACUCUAGAUAAAUUUUCCUGCAGCACAAGUAAUUCGUGAGGCUCUUAAAGUACAUCCAUCCAGGCUGAUCAUGUGCUUUCAGUGAUUAAUAGUAAUUACCAUAGAUUUACACAAUCACAAUGAGCUCUGAGGAUGGCCCGUGAUGGACCGUUCACAGAACACUCAGUGAGAAUGUUGAGUCGUUGUGUUAUCGCUUUGCUCAAUGGAAGUGGGAGUGGUGUCUUCUGUGACACUGGCAUUGUUUCAUUCAAAGAAUGUGUGUAAUGGUAAAGCUCAUAAAGAAAAAGUGUACAGGUCCUGUAAGAGAUGACCUGGGAUAGAUGAAGGUUUGAGUUUAUUUUAAUUCAUUUUUGUAUCAAGCACUGAGGAGGAGAACUGAUAUUAAUAACAGAAUUGGUCAUUAAUUAAGCUUACACUGCAGCGCUGUUGAAUACUUUGAUCUGAUUGGUUGGAAGGUGUUGAUUAAUUUUCUAGUUCCAGCUCCAAAUCACAGAUCUACAUUAAUGCACUUACUAGUAACCACUUAUGGCAUGACUUGUACUACAUGUUUAAUUAUGAAAUGUUAGUUUUCUUUGAAGAGGCAUUUAACAUUUGUAGAAGGAGUCUCCAGUGUCAGAGCACCGUAACAGUCAAUGAUAAAGCUGUACCUUUUCCAACAAGCUUUCCAACACGUGAAAGUCUUCUGGAUCAAGGAGUUUAUGGUUUCUCAGUAUCAUGACAAGCUCUUCUGUCUUGAAGAGAGGAAAGAAAAUAUGAGGAUGGUGAAGGAAUGACUGUUUAUAGCACAAGUGACAAAUGGAACUAACCUGAAAAUACAAAUGGAUAAAAAGUAUGAUGUUCUUUAGUAAAUGAAAAUUUGGUAGUGUUGGUCUGCGGUAUAAGAAAUAAAAUACUUUGGGAUGUGUUGUUAUAUGUAAAUUGUUGAUUAUUUUCCUAUAACAGCACACCCCAAUGUGUUUUAUUCCGUAUUUAUGUAACCUACCUAGUGUUAACUGCUGAGCUGCUAAUAGGUCCAACAUAAUUUAAAACACAGAUUGUGCAACUGCAACUCUAAAAAAAAGGCUUACAAUAAGAUGCAUCUUAUUCCUUUACAUAAUAAUAUGUGACUUUAACUCUUUUAACAUGUACAAUACAUGUGACUUUAACUCUUACUUUAUCUCUUAACAUGUACAAAUCACGUACAAAUGUAACAUAUGAGAGUAUUGUUAAUUUUUUAUGAGUGUCUGGAUAAAGUGUUUGCAAUUUAUAGAUGAAUAAAAUAAUGUUUAAUUUCCAGAACAAGUAUGUCUGGCCAUUGCUUUGUUUUCUGUACAAAUGACUGAAUUAUACUACAUUCACAGACUGCAUUGCAGAUUUGCAGGUCAGUAUUUUGCAGUGAACUGUACUGUAAAAGAUCCAAAUAAAGUACGCUAAAUGGCCAAAGGUUUGUGGACAUCUGACCAUCACA